UGCAUCAGGAGACGUCAGUCACGCCCGGAAGGCUGUUAGAAUCCGCCUCCCUGAGAAAAGAGCUCAAAUAAAUAAUUGAUGGCGAUUGAUGCUGUUCUGGACAAAGCUUUGCGGAAAACCAGUGCAUCCGAUUUCGAGCGGUUUUGGAAUCUUCUGCCAAGUAAGGGGUAUGUAAGUGCAGCAAAGACUUUAAGCGUGGCUACCGGACUUCCAUCUCGGGCGUGGCUCUGGCCUUUUUGUCUUCUUGCCACCACCCCCGUCCCCUCUUUCUUCUCUUUCCUUUUGAAAGUAGCCUCUCUUUGGUUACUUUUAGCCGGUUCCCUCUUGCAAUCCCGCCCCCUCCCCUGCCCAGUCUGGUGAGGUCAGCUCAUGAAUAUCUGUGCACUUCCUGGGGAGCGUCUGGCACUGCUUGGUACCUCUCGUAUUCGCCUGCUCCGAGCCGCAGCUUCAGCCCAGCCACCGACCGCGGAGGAGUAAUACGCUCUUCUGGCCGCUGAGUCUCCACGUUAACGCCAUUGUUUGGAGAAACCGAUUUCGCAUGGAACUGGAACCCACAGGCCCAAAGGCAAAGUGCUCAGCCAGACAGUUGUAUAGAAUACUACGAAGCUAAACUUUCCUCGCCUCCGAAAGACACAAUAAGAAACCCUGAAUUCCCUGGAAGAUCAGAAAGAAAACGCUGUUGAUUUGUUUCAACUUCGAAACAUCGCCUCUGCUAAGAAGUGAGCAGUUCUGGAUUUUCUAUUGCGAUGGGAAUGAAAGAUGGGGUGGGUCAGUGGGCAGAUAAAACUCGAGAUUAAAAUGUUGGUUUGGGCCAUGCCGGGGCUGCUUAUUUGGCGAUUUCCACCGGGGAGGCCUCGAAGAGACACAGCAUCUUGUCACUUUGUGAGAACCACGUGACAGCAGCCAGAUUAGAAAGGAAAUUGGUGGCAGUGAGGAGGGACGAGAAUGAUCUGGUGAUGGAUUACUGUAAAUCGCAUCCAAUAGAUUCUUGCUAGAUUGCCAUGAGUCAGCCACCGACGGGGGGCGCUGCCCCUGCCACGGCAGCAGCUUCUGCCGCCACCGCUGCCACUGAGGCUCGCUUGCACCCGGAGGGCAGCAGCAGAAAGCAGCAGCGUGCUCAGUCACCCGCUAGACUGAGAGACAAUUCGGUCCGACAGACAACCGCGACCACCCGGUCCCCAGUAGGGGCCGGUACUAAAGUCAAUUCUGUUCGACAGCAGCAGCUGCAGCAGCAGCAGCAGGGCAACAAGACCGGGAGCCGCUCGGCGCCUCCUGCCAGCGCCCGAGGAAGCGGAGGCGGGGCGGAAAAGGCCGCACCCCUGGCUCCCAAGGGGGCCGCGCCGGGAGCUGUCCAGACAGUGGCUGGUGCUGAAGCGGCCCCGGUGGCGACCCUGGCCCCGGCAGGUGUUAGGAGGCCUGGCCCGUCGGAGGAGACGCCCCGGGAGCUAGAUCCUGCGUCCUCUAAACUCGGGGAACCCCCUCCGCUUGGAGAAGGAGGAGGAGGGGGUGGGGAAGGAGGAGGAGCCGGCAGCGGCUCUGGGGAAAGGGAGGGGGGCGCUCCGCAGCCGCCGCCGCCGCCCAGGGGCUGGCGAGGGAAAAGCGUACGCGCUCAGCAGAGGGGCGGCAGCGGCGGGGAGGGGGCCGCCCCUUCGCCAUCCUCCUCCUCUGCGGGCAAAACCCUGGGCCCCGGCAGCAGAAACUCCGGGAUAGGCGUUGUGGGGGGUGGCAGCGGUGGCGGAGGGAGCUACUGGAAGGAAGGAUGUCUGCAGUCUGAGCUCAUCCAGUUCCAUCUCAAGAAAGAGCGGGCGGCAGCAGCGGCGGCCGCGGCUCAGAUGCACACUAAGAACGGCGGCGGCGGCAGCAAUCGUAGCUCUCCGGUCGCCGGCGCUCCUUCCAUUUGCGAGCCCCUCGCAGUCCCUUUCAACUCCUCAAUGGCGGCGGCAGCAGAGGGCCCCCAACAGAGCGCAGAGGGCAGCGCGAGCGGUGGGGGUAUGCAGGCAGCGGCGCCCCCUUCGUCGCAGCCGCACCCGCAGCAGCUCCAGGAGCAGGAGGAGAUGCAGGAGGAGAUGGAGAAGCUGAGGGAGGAAAACGAGACUCUCAAGAAUGAGAUCGAUGAACUGAGGACCGAGAUGGACGAGAUGAGGGACACUUUCUUCGAGGAGGACGCCUGUCAACUGCAGGAAAUGCGCCACGAGUUGGAGAGGGCCAACAAAAACUGCCGGAUCCUGCAGUACCGCCUCCGCAAAGCCGAGCGCAAAAGGCUCCGCUACGCGCAGACAGGGGAAAUCGACGGCGAGCUCUUGCGCAGCCUGGAGCAGGACCUCAAGGUUGCAAAGGAUGUAUCUGUGAGACUUCACCAUGAAUUAGAAAAUGUGGAAGAAAAGCGAACAACCACAGAAGAUGAAAAUGAGAAACUGAGACAGCAGCUUAUAGAAGUUGAGAUAGCAAAGCAAGCUCUACAGAAUGAACUGGAAAAAAUGAAGGAGCUAUCUUUAAAAAGAAGAGGAAGCAAAGAUUUGCCAAAAUCUGAAAAAAAGGCUCAACAGACUCCCACAGAGGAGGACAAUGAAGAUUUGAAAUGCCAGCUGCAGUUUGUGAAGGAAGAAGCUGCUUUGAUGAGAAAGAAAAUGGCCAAGAUUGAUAAAGAAAAAGACAGAUUCGAACACGAGCUCCAGAAGUACAGAUCCUUUUACGGGGAUCUAGACAGUCCUUUACCCAAAGGAGAAGCAGGGGGACCGCCCAGCACCAGGGAGGCUGAGCUCAAGCUACGGCUGAGGCUGGUGGAGGAAGAAGCCAACAUCCUGGGCAGAAAAAUCGUCGAACUGGAGGUGGAGAACAGAGGCUUGAAGGCAGAGCUGGACGACCUGAGGGGCGAUGACUUCAAUGGCUCGGCCAACCCUCUCAUGAGGGAGCAGAGCGAAUCGCUCUCGGAGCUGCGGCAGCACCUGCAGCUGGUGGAAGACGAGACGGAGUUGUUGCGGAGGAACGUGGCUGACCUGGAGGAGCAGAACAAGCGCAUCACCGCGGAGCUCAACAAGUACAAGUACAAGUCCGGCAGCCACGAAAGCUCACGGCACCAUGACAACGCCAAGACUGAGGCCCUACAGGAGGAGCUGAAGGCUGCGCGCCUGCAGAUCAACGAGCUCAGUGGCAAGGUCAUGCAGCUGCAGUAUGAGAACCGUGUGCUUAUGUCCAACAUGCAGCGCUACGACCUGGCCUCACACCUGGGCAUCCGCGGCAGCCCCCGCGACAGUGACGCCGAAAGUGACGCGGGCAAGAAGGAGAGCGAUGAUGACUCCCGGCCACCACACCGCAAGCGCGAAGGGCCCAUAGGCGGCGAGAGUGACUCGGAGGAGGUGCGCAACAUCCGCUGCCUCACGCCCACCCGCUCCUUCUACCCAGCGCCGGGGCCCUGGCCCAAGAGCUUCUCAGACCGGCAGCAGAUGAAGGACAUACGCUCAGAGGCCGAGCGCCUGGGCAAGACCAUCGACCGGCUCAUCGCUGACACCAGCACCAUCAUCACCGAGGCACGCAUCUACGUGGCCAACGGGGACCUGUUCGGACUGAUGGACGAGGAGGACGAUGGCAGCCGCAUCCGCGAGCACGAGCUGCUCUACCGCAUCAACGCUCAGAUGAAGGCCUUCCGCAAGGAGCUGCAGACCUUCAUCGACCGCCUGGAGGUGCCCAAGUCCGCGGACGACCAGGGCGCCGAGGAGCCCAUAUCCGUGAGUCAGAUGUUCCAGCCUAUCAUUUUACUUAUUCUCAUUCUUGUAUUAUUUUCAUCACUUUCUUACACAACGAUAUUUAAACUCGUCUUCCUUUUUACACUGUUUUUUGUACUGUAAAUCUUUCAUCAUUUACCAUUCAUUGUAGUAUUUCAGUUUGUUUGUUUUGUUCACCCUUCAAGACAAGAAGUAAAAGAAGUAUAAUUUCUGUAGUAACCAAUGCUAUAAAAACACUGAAGACUGCUUAUUUCUUUAAAAAGACACAUCUUACCCCUACCGAAUUCAAUAAGAAGCCCAAGCGUUAAAGAUUUCAGGCAAGUGAGACUGCUUCAAAUAAAACAACUCCAAGCUUCCAAGAAACAGUUAAGAGAAGACAGAGACGAGCAGAAACACCCCUUCACCAACACUCGCACGGUUGCCAUGGACCUACAUAAGCAGUGGGAGAACACAGAGACUAACUGGCACAGGGAAAAGAUGGAAUUACUGGACCAGUUUGACAAUGAAAGGAAGGAAUGGGAAAGUCAAUGGAAGAUCAUGCAGAAGAAGAUAGAAGAGCUCUGCCACGAAGUAAAGCUUCGAAGGAAAAUCAACAUGAGUGAGCGUGCUAGGAUCCCUGAUUUCGAUCGUGAGAAGACCAUUCAGGAUAAAAUGGUGGAAUCCUUCCCAAAUGACCCCAGUUCAGGACAAUGUGAAUUGAUGGGGGUGAAUAACAGGGAUGGGCUGGGAAAAAAAGAUAAAAUGGAGCAGAGCUUACUCAGUGAAAGACAGCCCAUGUGUAAAGAACAAAAAGCAACCAAAAAAUCCAAAGUAGAGUUUAUAGAUGCUUUGGCCUCAGACAACCAAAAGAAAGGUGAGACCUGGCCGGACCUGAAGGCUUCUGAAGAGAGUGAGAGCUGUUCUGGAGCCCUCCACACAGCUCUUGAAGAACUUGCUAAAGUUAGUGAAGAAUUAUGCAGCUUUCAAGAGGAAAUACAAAAGCGGUCUCACCACAGAAGGAUGAAGUCAGAUUCUUUUCUCCAGGAAGUCCCAAAUGUAAUUAAUAUGCCUCAUGGAGAUCACAUGAUCAACAGCACCCAAUGCAUUCCUUCAACCGAUUUUGAAAAAGAAAAACAAAAAAACAGAAAGAACCUUAGCUGUACUGAUGUUUUCCAAAACAAUUAUAAGAAAAAGGGUGGAAUUGAUAUAAUUGAUCUGCAGAGACAUGAAACUCCACCAGUUCCUCCUCCAAGAAGCACAUCUCGAAAUUUUCCCAGUUCAUAUUCUGAACAAGCCCAUGAAAGUUUGAAGGAGAGUUUAGACCACAACAUCUGGGUGACCCAAGAUCAAAGUGAAAGGAACUGCACCCCUCGUUUCCUUUGGAGGCAGGAUGAGAUGCCUACACUGCGUCUAAAUGAAGGCAAGACUUUGAAAGAUGGUAUCAUGUUUUCUCCUUCCGCACCCAAAACGAAAAUAAAUAACACUGCUUCAUGCAGUGAAAAUGCUGAACUUAGGACGUGGUCGUGUGACAUUGGGAUAGGCGUAAAAAAUAGAUCCUCUACGCCGUGGUUUCAGAAAACCUGCUCUAGUCCCAGUAAGCCAAAAGAUGAAAAGGCGAUCCCAGAUCACCCUGUUAAAUCUCAUCCUGAUCCGCACAGACGCAAUGACAGUAGCUCCUCAGUGACACAAAGCAGUGGCCCACUGAGAAAUUUUAGUUGUGGCUUUGAAAAGACUACUAGGAAUGAAAAGCUGGCAGCAAAGACUGAUGAAUUUAACAGGACCGUAUUCAGAACAGAUAGAAAUUGUCGUGCAGUACAGCAAAAUCAAAGCUACUCAGAAUCGCCUGAAGAUCUUCAGCCCCAUGAUUCCUUAAUAACAAGUAUAGGUAACGUGUCAGAAAGUGACAGUGUUUCUGACAUUCUGAAAACCAGUGCCCCCAUGCCUAUGCCCAAGGAAAACGUACCUGAUAAUUCCACCCAGAAAUCCGCAGCCAGCCUAUUUGGACAAAUGGAGGAACAUGGAAGCCCUAGCAGUUAUCGUAAGAGGCUCCAUGAGCAUGACUGGAGACCCAGCAAUUUGUCUGGCCGCCCAAGAUCAGCUGAUCCCAGGUCAAAUUAUGGUGUGGUAGAAAAGCUGCUGAAAACCUAUGAGACAUCCACAGGGUCUGCACUGCAAAAUUCUAAGUGCUUUCAGACUAAUUGGACCAAAUGUAAUUCUGAUGUCAGCUGUGGAGCCACAUUAAAUCAGCGUUUAGAAAAGCUCCAGAUAGAACAAGAGCUUCAGCAUAAGACAGCUAUGUGUGGAGCUCGGCAACUGAAGCAAGUAAUAGACUGGAAAAAAGUAACAGAGGAACCGAUGGCAGUGAAAUCCUCACAUGGAAAAGGAUUUUCCCGACCUGCUAGACCAGCAAAUCGCCGUCUCCCAUCCAGAUGGGCAUCCAGAUCUCCAUCAGCACCCCCUGCCUUGCGGAGAACUGCUCAGAGCUUUACCAUUUCUUAACGAUCAGAAGCAUCGAUGGUCUGAGCCUCUGGCCUGGCUUACUAGAUUUCAGAAGUCCCAUUUGCCAAAGAGAGAGUUCAGAGUGUUAUCAACCAGUUCAGUCUCUUCUGUAUCUUUCAAGAUUACUGGGACAAACAAUUUAAAUCUUAACCUCCCAUCAGUCUUCAGUGUUUUUAAUCUAUGGUAUAAUUAUCUUCCUUAUUUUGAUUUCUUAGAUCUGAAUUUUUUAAUGCCAUCCUCAUUAAUUUGAUUAUGAUUUAAGUUGGAACAAUGUACUAUAGUGUAUAUUCUAACUUUCUUGCAAGUGGCAGAAAGCAAGGUUAUGUGCAUGGCCAUGUGUUUGUAGGUGCAUGUGUUGAUAUAGGAAGUAUCUUAGUAUGUACUUAGAUAAGAACAACUUAUGUGCUAGUGUUGACUUUGAAAUUAUAACAUGUAUACCUAUAUAUUCUUUGUGUUUCUUUAAAAUUUUUAAAAAUAUACAGUAUUAUUUAUAUUUUGUAUACCUUUGAAUAGGUAUCCACUUAAGGCUUUUGAGGGAUCCCUGGCCCCAAGGACAUUUAAAAAUAAUUAUACAUGUAUCUAACAUUAGUAGAUUUCUACCUACAACUCACAGUUUCUUACCCCAUACAAGGAUAGUCUAAUACCAUUGAUCUCCUUGUCCACUCUUUUAAAUAAAUACAAUUGUUCCAGGUUUAACAGGUCAGCCUUCUAAAGCCAAUAUGAAAUGUUCAAAAACCUUUUCUAUAUCAUUCAGCAGUCUAUCACAGCUUUAACUGGAUACUCGAUCCUCAGAGGAAGCAUCCUAAGACCACUUUAUAAAUGACGUGACUAAAUAAUUAAUUUAUUUUGGCAAUUUCACUAACAACAUUCCUUAGGUGGGGAUAUGAAAAGAAAUUCAAUUAUGCUGAGUUCUACUUUUUGUUAAAAUUUUAGUAAGCUUUUUGAUCGUCUACUUUAUUUGGAGUCAUGCAGAUUAGGAGGUAAGUCAUUUAUUUUCUCCUUUUUUAACCUUUCCCCAAAAAUGAAUAGAUAAAAGACUAAUUCAAUUUUUUAUUAACAGGAAAAUCAGAAAUGAUAUUUCAUUGAGACCUGAAUAUAAUAUAUUCCUUAUAGUGUGCUACAUUUAAAAAAAAAUGGCCUUAAAUUAAUCUUUGGCAUCCAUGGGUAGCAUAAAGAACGUAAUUUUUUUUGUCAUAAUUUUCAAACAGUGCACCCAUAAAUAAGAUCUAUAUUAAAAACUGACAGAAAUAUGAAUGUUGAGGUGCUCAGAAUUCCACAGAGAAUAUCUCAGAAGCAACUUUAUCCCUUUCCAUAAAACCAUAAAACCCACUAGGCUAUUAGAUGGUAAUUCUUUUCUUUCUUUUCUUUUCUUUUUUUUUUUUUUUUUUUUUUUUUUUGGUCUUUUCUAGGGCCGCACCUAUGACACAUGGAGGUUCCCAGGCUAGGGGUCUAAUCAGAGCCUUAGCCACCGGCCUAUGCCACAGCCACAACAACUCAGGAUCCAAGCUGCGUCUGCAACCUACACCACAGCUCAUGGCAAUGCUGGAUCCUUAACCCACUGAGCGAGGCCAGGGACCAAACCUGCAACCUCAUGGUUCCUAGUCAGAUUUGUUAACCACCGAGCCAUGACGGGAAUUCCCAUAGAUGGUAAUUUUUUUUCAGCUUUCCUUUUCCUGCCAAAAAGAUUAAGGAAUUCUUAUGACAAAAUAUUUGAAGAGCUUUGUCCUUCUGAUAUAUCCUAAUAGUUUAGAGAAAUUUACUUCAUUACACCAUGGCUGGAGGUAAAGUAAUUAAUUUUCAAAUCCCAGACUGCCUUAAAGGCUCAAGACUGUUGCACGGUUAUAGACAGAUUCGUACUUUCCAAAGGAGAGUUGCUAGGAGUUGAGCAGAAUUAAACUUCUAGAAUGUGAGAUUGGUAGCAGAUGGUAAGUAAGAGCUGUAGAUCCACUUUUCUUUUCCUUUUUUUCUUUUUUUUUUUUUUUCUUGGCCCCCACCUGUGGAAGCUCCUGGCCCAGGGAUGGAACCCGAGCCGCAGUUGCAGGAAAUGCCACAGCUGUGGCAAUACCAGCUCCUUAACCUGCUGUGUCAGAAGGGAACUUCCUAGAUCCACUCUUUUAAUUCUUGUUUCUUUCAGGAAUAUCAUUUUCCAUAGGAAGCCUAUCAGAGAAAAGUAACCUAGACACCAAGUAAUGUCACUUAUAUAAUACGCUUUUCAUCUAGAAGAGAGAAAAUACUGUUGAGGUGGUAGCCUGUCGGAUAAAACGAUGGACCUGUCGGGAAGAUGCUGCUGUGUAACACUGGGGAGCCUGCCCAAGGACUGUGGGAUGUAGCUGUUCCUCUCCUCCACUGUAUGCCAGGUAGUCUGUCAGGGAUCUGUGGAUCCUAACUUGAGUGACAAGUCAGAAUAUUGAGGAUUGUUUUUUCCUUUAGACUCCUGACCUCACCCCGUGAUUACUAGAACAAAAUUUCCAGGCGUGGGGAGGGAAUCUUGAGUCCUUAAACAAAGCAAAAUAUUUGAUGAUUGGGGAGAUUUGGAAGCUCUGACAUUGAUUGAUAUCUUAAUAGAUGGGUAUCAUUGGGUAGUCAUGUUACGUCUUUGGAACUUGCCUUUGUUAUCUGUAAAUUAAAAGGAUGAUAUUGUCAGGCCUCACAAUUCUAUGCCACUUUUUCUAUGACCAUUUGAAUAAAACAGCAGGACACAUUUUAA